AUGGCAAUGUCUGAGAAAACUCAGCUGGUAGAAAAGCCCAACGACAUGACGGCUGAGGUGCCUGCUGAAACUGGCAUCCCUGGAACGCCAGACAAACUCUUCUUCCUCCAAUCCUCAAGCGGCGACUUCUCAGACGAACUUCGUGUCCUGGACCUCAGUUCCUCCAUUACAUUUUCCACAUUUGAAGACGCCACACACGAUGAGUUUUACGCAGCCGUCGAGAAGGCGGCGAAGAACAGGCAAAACGACCGGGCAGCAUGGGUCUACGAACUCACCCGCAAGAGCUUCUCAUCCAACAUGCAGAUCCACGACUCUUCAAAUCACGGCGUCGUAGCCGCUGAGCUGGAUCUCUCCAUCCUCAAGCACUACGGCACAUGGAAGCUCAGCUUUCCUCAGGGCUCCCGGCAUUCAAGCCACGACCUGGAAAUCAAGCCUGUUAGCAUCCUUCAAAAACAAGAGACGUUUGUCAAGGAUGGGACAAUGUACAUAUGGGAUAUGACAAUGGGCGGCAAACGGGGGGAGCUGUACAAGACUAUUAACGGGAAGAAGGCACUUGUGGCUGCGUUUGCUGCCAAGUCGUGGUUCAAGAACAAUUGCGUCUUGGUAAUGGACACAAAGGAGGUGGGAGAUGUUGUUGUGGUAGGGAGCUGUGUCGCCGCUCUGAAUAGAGAUAUUUAG